AUGUCCGACUCCACCCAGUACGAGCGUGACCUCCGGUCCGCCAACAAGGAGUGGCGCCGCGGCAAGGACUCCAACGUCAAGUGGGCCCACGGCAGCCGCUACCUCGCCGGCAUCGAGCUGAAGAUCGACGGCCAGUUCGGCAACGGCGCCACGGCGCCCGACCACAUGUUCGCCAAGUCCCGCCCGAACAAGCGGCCUAGCGAGGCGAACCACCUCCCCAAAACCUCCCAAAACAUCAUCAAAACCCGCUCCGCCUACACCAUGCCCGCCGCCCGCCGCCGCGCCAAGAUGCACUGCCAGACCGAAAUCGAGGCCGCCACCUCCCCCUCAUCCGCAGCAUUCGACCUGCCGCGCGGCAGCAUCCUGCCCACGCUGGCGGCCGCCACCCCGCCGGCGGACGCGGACGUGCUGUACAGCUUCGACCGGACCGACACGCCCGGGCGACCGCUCACGCUCGAGGUGUUUGUCAAGAACACGACGGGGCGCGACACGGAGCGGCUGGUGGAGCGCGAGUAUGAGGUGCUGGAUGGGAAUGGGGACGCGGUGCGCGGGCGGAGGGCGAGGGCGGUGCUGAGGCGGGGGCCGUCGAAGGAGAGGGAUGGUGCUGGUGGUGAGGUGGAGGAGGAGGAUGUGAGGGAGGUGGAGGGCGGGUUUGAGCUGGUUUGA